AUGGCUAUCAUGUCAAGCGUCCCCGAACAUCAUUACAUGUUGGAUUCCGUGGCUGCCACCAACGAUACUGCGCCAGCAAGCCUCGGGGAUUCGGAAUGGGCAUGCUCAUUACAAUCAAUCUUGAUCUGCCGAUGUUUGGAUUUGGCGGUUCCCCCAAAUUUGUUCACACAGUAUGUCCCAAUAUCCAGUCGCCAUCAACUAUUGAAUUACUGGCACGCUAGUUCAACCCGGAUCUAUAUUACCAAGCCAUAUGGUUUUUUAAGCCAAAGCCAACAGGCCCAAAAUUCUUACCGAGUCGAUUGCCGGCAAUACAAGGCUUGGAUUCUCCUUGCCUUGGCAUAUCAACAAAAUUUGUAUCGCCAUAGUACCAGAAAAUCCGUCCGCUAUGGCUGGCUAGCAUUGCAACUUUUGAGAGCAGAGCAUUUCAAAUAG